GGCAAUCUAUUGGUGUGACUGAGGACGCUUCAGCUGGUGACCGGGGGGAGAUCUGGGAUCGGACCACCAACCUUCCUUUCGCUCUUCCUUCUGAGCCAGCAACUACCCCCCAAAAUCUGCAAAUACUCAUAACAACUCACUAAAACAUGUCUGGUGCAGGCUGUUCAAAGAGCUAUCUACAGCAGGCUUCUCUAGGAAGUUCAAGUCCAGUUGGCUCUUUAUCGUCAGAGGACCAUGAUUUUGACCCAACCGCGGAAAUGUUAGUUCAUGAGUACGAUGACGAGAGGACUCUAGAAGAAGAGGAGUCUUUGGAAGGCGGGGCCAGUUUCAAUUCUGAACUAGCAGAUCUGGAGAAGGAAGGGAACAUGCCUUUGGAAGAACUUUUGGCUAUUUAUCGCUACGAAGCUUCAGCAGGCUCCAGUGUAGACAGUUCUUCAGGAGACCUGACUGACGAGUUGCCUGACAUGACAUUGGAUAAGGAGGAAAUAGCAAAAGACCUGUUGUCUGGGGAUUAUGAGGAGGAGACCCAGUCUUCAGCUGAUGAUCUGACCCCCUCAGUUACCUCCCAUGAGACCACUGAUUUUUUUCCGCGAACACUACGAUCUAAUACUAUUUCUGAUGGUGACAAAGAGUCGGAGUGUGAUGAACUUGGCCCAAGUCCAGAAGACUCCAGAAAGGAAAUCAUGGUGGGAACAGAGUACCAAGCAGAUGUUCCUUCUUGUCUCUGCCACUACAAAGAUGGAGAGAAAGUGUAUGAAGAUGAAGACGAGUUACUAUGGAGCCCAGAUGAACUGUCAGAAAAUAAAGUUAGGAGUUUCCUCUCUGAAGUAUUGGUGCGGAUAACAGAUGAAAGGACAGGAUAUGACAAACCAGGGGCGCAUGUUCGAGACGAUGAACAYGCUUUAUAUGAGCUUGUGAGAAGCAACUACAACACCCGUGAAGCACUAGAAAGAUACUGCAGUCGUUUUAAGACCUCAAAAGAUAAAUCCCCUCCYUGGUCCGAGGAGGAAUGCAAGAACUUUGAACACGCUCUGCAGAUGUACGACAAGAACUUUCAUCUCAUUCAGAAACACAAAGUCACAACACGAACAGUAGCAGAAUGCGUAGCGUUUUAUUACAUGUGGAAGAAGUCGGAGCGCUUCGACGUCUUUGUACAGCAGAAUCGGUUCGGGAAGAAAAAGUACAGCAGCUAUCCUGGUGUAACGGACCUGAUGGACCGGCUGGUGGAUGAAGCAGAAGGACUGGCGGUGGACAGCAGCUCGUCCUCUGUGUGUUCAGGAGCAGGUGGAGGAGGGAGGAUGGAGACCACUACAGAACAGCUCAGUCUGCUGAACUCCAUCACUGCCAGCGACCUCACAGCUUUAAGCAACACCGUAGCUACAGUAUGCACACCUGCAGAGGUGAGCUGCUUGGACUCCUACAGCUUCCCUCCUCUGGAAAGUCUCCACCGUGGAUCCCUGAACCACGACGAGUCCCUCGGGUUCCCUUCGAACGGCGCAGACYCCGACUGCCUCAACAUGCUCGACGCCGGCUUCUACCACUCGGACCUGGGCCAGCUCGGAGGAGUGUGCGUCGGCAAGGACUGCGAGCGUCCCUCCAAGAGACUCAAAAUGACACUGCCCGACUCCUUCAUCGGCGACGURUCUGUCGCGAACCUCGGCGUGGACUUCGAAACGCGGCGGACGACGACYCAUCACCAUCGAAUCACCGGCGCUAAAAUGGCCGUGUCUGUCACGGACUUUGGGAGCUUAGCUGGCAGCGGCGAGCCCAACGGGUUCCUCGGAGCACACGCGCGGCACCACACGCAGCAUACUGCAGCACUUCAGUCAGAGUGAUCUUCCUCCUCUUCUUCCUCCGAUCUUCCCUUUUAAAACCAUUUUUUUCUGCUUGUACAUAAGACUGAUCUCACUGGAAAAUCUGAUUUGUUUAAAUUCAAUUAUAUAUAUAUAGCUAUAUAUAUGUAUAUGAAAUUACUUUUUGUUUUCAUUUUUUGUGUAAUAUGACAUCAGUGAUGUCUAUCAUAUAGAACUAAAAUCUUGAUUUCUCUCAAGAGUUUAUAUAGCCAUUUAUUUUAUUUUUURGUUUGUGUUUUGAGAUGUGUAACGUCCGUGUACAGAGGGGCCCAGAAGCUGCAGUAGGAGAGUUAUGAAUCUUCCUCCCUUCCACACAUCCUCAGAGCUGUAAUCUGUUAUCCUGCCAUUCGUUUCAGCUGCCAAAAUGAAUUUUCUGCCUCUUUAGUGUUAGCAGUUAGUUGCCUGCGUUUAUUGUUUGUUGUGGUACUUCUUUAAAUUGAAGUUUGGUUUACAGGUACUUUCCCUUACCAGAUUAGUGCCGAUUUUUUUUUUUUUCUUUUCCCUAAAAUCCUUUGGGUACAUAAUGAGCAACACUAGCUUGGAGAGGAGCUCAAACGUCAGGAGGUGUCUUUUUUUUUUUUUUGCUGCACAGACCCUCCUGUUUGGUGUUCAUUCUGAUUUUUCUCCCACACAAGCUUGCUCUUUGCCUAUAUGAGUUUUUUCGUUUUAGCUUAACAGCUAUAAGAUGUGAAUUUUGAACUAGGUUUAUUAUUAUUUUUAUCCCAUGUAGUCAAAUUCCCAGCCUUGAUGUAUUGUUUUUACCUUUCUGCUUCUGAACAAGCGAUGAGUCAAUCUGCAGACUUCACUUUUGCUUUUUUCACCUUGUUUUACAAUCUAGGGGCAAACUGUAACAGCAAUAUAUCAGUGCAAAAGGUUUUGGGUUGGGUUAAUAGCCAUCUAAACACUGACAGUAUAAUUGUAUUUAUUGAAUUUAUUUUUACCUUUUUAAAACCUAAUUUAAUCCUUUUUCUAUGAGUUUAUUCUCUCACUCAUGCUGCUCUUAGGCAAGUUUAGCUUUGUCUUAAUUGUUGCUUUAAGAUGUAGUAGUUCUUUUAUUUUAUUUUUUGUCAACUAGCAAGCUUUUAUAUACCUCCUAGUAGUAUUAUAUUUAUUUAAAGCCGCUCUGAUUUUUUUGUAUUUAACCUCUACUUAGCCUGUACUGACGAGAUGCCUUUUCAAGACUGGUUGACAAUUUCUUAUGAAACUAGUAGCAGAAAUGAAGAGUUAUUAUUGCUUGACUGAACUUCCAUAAUUGGAACAUGUUGAGCGGAUCAGCGUCAGUUUGUUGGAUGCAGUAGUAGUGUUUACUUAAAUUAUCUAUGCAUUGUGCUUUGAGUAUUUAGUUUGUUUCAGGGGUACAUCAUGUUUGUCGUGUCCUUAGCACGUAGUACUUUACCAUCAUGUAUUUGUAAAGACCAGAGCAUCAUUAAGUUGAUCAUGUAACGGUUUACUAGCCCAGCAACCUAGAGCAUAUUAUUCACUUCUGCAUUUCAUGUAAAUAACUAGCAAAUAGCCUUUAAAAAGUCUAUAACUGACCUCUUACACUUGUGAAUUGGUGUCGAUACAAAGGUUUCCAUUCAAUUCUUUGGCAGAAAGGCAAUAAUUUGUAGAUAUGUACAGACGUUCGAGGUUUUUGCAUUUUGCCGUUUUGACUUGGUGUUUAAAUUUUUAUUUUUUUCUUUGGGCAGUCAUGAUUCCCCCGCCCCAAAUACCAGGACGCAGCUGAAACCACGCAUGCCAGCUGCGCCAGUCUUUCACUGAAAAACGGCUUUACCUAAACAUGUAUUGAUAUUAAUGUUGGGAUUUUGAGAUUUGCAGCCAUGUGUAAAAGACACCCAUCUUUCUUUUCUUGGGAAAAAAAAUCCUUUUUUACAUGUUGUCUAUAUUUGUCUCGAUGGUAAAAGGAAGGCUGCUGCUCUGUGGAGAGCUAGUUUCUCUUUUAAUGCAAUGUGCGUAAUGCAGUAGGUUCUCCAAGCUCUUCUAGCUUUAGCAGUGCAGUGAUAUUUAUUUCACCUGUGGUUUGUACAAAGACUAAGAAAACUGUCAGAAUGUAAAGGCCAUUAAGUAGUACAAGUAGGUUCUCACCACCCUGUGAACUCAAAUGUGAUAUUUUAUUGAUAGGAGACUUGUGUGUGCAGGAAAGCACGAAACAAAUUUAUUUUAUAUUUUGUAUUGUGUUUAGAGGUUUUAAAAAAAAUAUAGCAGUUGUGGUUUUGAGACAAAAACUCAAGUCCUUUGAAAAACAAAACAAACAAAAAAAAUAAAACACCUCUGUGCAUACAAAAACGUAAAAAUGUAUAUCCAGAAUAUAGACAAUCAAAAACUUCACUAUGAGAAAUGUCCGAGAAGCUAUCUUUAUUGUUUAUAAGAAAUGUAAAUAAACAUUGCUGUUUUUUUUUUCUUUUGUUAAACAUUAUUUUGUAUUUUCUGUUGUUCUUUAAUACCUUGUGUACAGAUCCAGAAAUAAAGCUCUGGAAAAGGUUCUAA